AUGCUCGAUAAAUGUCUAUAUGUCGAGGAUUUUGUUGGAGCUCUCGACAACGUCUCAUCUGCCUUUCAAUGGCCGUGUGAAGCCAAAAGGAUUAUGGCUGACGUUGGAAUGAAUUUAUGUAAGUGGAUUUCCAACAGCAAGGAACUGUUACAAACAUGGGAAGACAAGGGGUUCAAGAUCCAUCCCAUUCAUUCAAAGGCUAAUCCUACGGAAAAACUACAAAAGGUUCUCGGUCUUCCGUGGCACGUACAUCAAGACUACAUCACUAUUCAUGUGAAAGAUUUACUCGAGUUUAAUAAAGGAGAAAGUGUUACAAAAAGAACUGUGUUAAAAACAACAGGAAAAUUGUACGAUGGGCUUGGUCUUCUAACGCCUAUGUCACUCAAAUGUCAAUUCCAAGAACUGUGGCUUAGGAAGUGUUCAUGGGAUGCAGAACUUCCAGCAGACCUCCUUCAAAAGUAUACUCAAUGGAAGCUUGAGUUAUCUGAUAUUACGAACUUACAAGUCCCUAGGAUGAUCCUCGACGGUAGCCUAGGUGAUGCCAACGAACUUCAAAUCUGCGUCUUUUCCGAUGCCAGCCAAGGAGCAUACGGAACUGCAGUAUACUUAAGAGUUAAAAAUGUUGACAAAAUAUCAGUAAACUUAAUUGCUUCGAAGAGUCGUGUUGCCCCAUUAAAGAAACUGUACCAAAACUUGAACUCAUGGGGGAUUGCUCGCAGCCAGACUUGCGAAAAAUUAGAACAAAUUAUCAUAUUGUUGUGGACUAAAGGACCUCACCAUAAGUGGAAACAGUUUGUUUCCAAACGUGUAAAAGAGAUUCAGGCUCUUAGCAAUCCUGAAGUUUGGUUGCACAUACCUGGUAAACUGAAUAUAGCUAACCUUGUAACAAGAGGAGUUAGUGUAGAAGGUCUUUUAAAAAAUGAGACCUGGUGUUCAGGUCCUGUAUUCUUAAGAACAAAUGAAGUCUCAGUAUUUCAGGGUAAUAAUUCUAUUCCAGAAGAAUAUUAUAUUUCAGAAAUGAAAAAAAGGUUCUCCUGUGUAGAAGGAGAUAUACCUGUAUGUUUUGCUGCAACUAAUUAG